UCGUAGUAGUCGGAGCGGCAGCAGGUGGAGGAACAACAGCGGCAGCAGCCAAUACUCCUCCUGCCAAUACUCCUCCAGCCAAUACUCCUCCUGCAACAGGAAAUUCUACUAACAGCGCGCUUCCUGUUCUUCCUCCUACUUCUGGUGCCAAUGGAACAACACUAUCAUGGGAUGAUUGUGUUGCGUACGGUAAAAAAUGCCGAGAUGUUAUAUGCGCAUUCCAAAACUACACCGCUACGUGUAAAAAUGGUGGUUCAUGUACAUGUUUCGAUAAAUUGGCAAGCGGAUCAGAGAGUAGUAUGGAGAAUUUGCGUGAAUUGAUGGUUUUAGGUGUUGUGAGUAUCGCCAGUUUAGCGCUUGUCGGUGUAAGCUUCGGGUUUUAA